ACUCACUAGAUUCACACAUAACUAGUUACACCUCCACUUCAUCUUUUCUUUCAUGCUCUAUAAUAUUCCUCUUGUAUUUAUUUGUUUAUUUUUUCAUAAAAUAGUAACUAGUAAUACUAUAUCUGAAACCAGCUCCACUGUGUUUUAUUUAUUUCAUUUCUAGUAAUAAUUGUUCAACGUUACUUACUCAAAGGUUUGAUUUUGUUGACCAAAGUAAGUUUGUUUAUUAAUUUCCACAAGUUUCUAUUUUUAUGAUAUGCUUAGGAUUGUGAUUUGUGAAUGGAUAGUAAUAAGCAUCAUGGUGGUGGUGAAGUAAGCAUGAUGGAGAAUAGAAGAGAAGUGGUAGUUCCUAUUUCAAAUGUGAGUCGAGACCAUGGCCAAGAUCAUGAUCAUGAUCAUGAGUUGAAAGUUUUUGAAUCUUCACCUCGCUACUCUACAAAGUCACCACCUUUAAACUGUGCUUCCCCUGAAAUAAGGUUCAUCCCUAGCCCAAAUAAACCCCCAAAAUCUCCUGCUGCAACUGCAAAACUUACCACAAGAAAAUCUUUUAAAAGAUCAGUGUAUUCUAAGCCCAAAUCAAGAUUUGGUGAACAACCUUAUCCUAUUGAUGAAACCCUUUUAGAAGAGAAUGUUACUUAUUCAAAUUUGCAAGAACAUUUAGCUGUUAGUUCACCUUAUAGGAACACAUUUAAUAAAGCAUCACAUUCACCGAAUAACAAGUCUGGAACGGUGAAUCGGUCUGUUUCUAUAACUUCUGUAGUCACUCCUAGAACACCUUUGAUGGCAUCUCCAGGUCCUGCUGGCGAGGAUCUUGAUGAAAUCAUUUUCAGGAAAGUUGAAUCCAGUAGAGGCAAGCGAAAGAGACUAACAACAAAGGUCUUGAUUGAAUUGUUCGUUUUUGUAUGCAUCGCGGGUAGCUUGUUGGCUAGUUUAACGGUUGAGAAACUGAGAAGGACAGAGCUUUGGAGUUUAAGGCUUUGGAGGUAUUGUAUGCUUGUGAUGGUGACAUUUUGUGGCAUGUUAGUUACCAAAUGGUUCAUGCACAUUCUUGUUUUCUUGAUUGAAAUGAACUUUUUGUUGAAGAAAAAAGUACUUUAUUUUGUUCAUGGAUUGAAGAAAUGUGUCCAGGUUUUCAUUUGGAUCAGUUUGGUUCUCCUCACAUGGGUGCUUUUAAUCAAUCGUGGGGCCCAUCGAUCUAAAUUGGCCGCAAAGAUUUUGAAUGAUAUAACAUGGACUCUUGUUUCCCUUCUCAUUGGAGCAUUUUUGUGGGUUAUAAAGACAUUGUUGCUAAAGGUUUUGGCAUCGAGUUUCCAUGUUAAAUCUUUCUUUGAUCGAAUUCAAGAAUCAAUCUUCCAUCAAUAUGUUCUGCAGACUCUCUCUGGGCCUCCACUUAUGGAAGAGGCUGAGAAGAUCGGCGGAACUCAAAGUAUUGGCCAUUUUAGUUUCAGGAGUACUACCGUUAAUGGCGGCACAAAGAAAGACAUCAUUGAUAUGGCAAAGCUUCACAAGAUGAAGCAAGGGAAAGUUUCCUCGUGGACUAUGAAGAUUUUGGUAGAUGCAGUGAUGAAUUCAAGGCUGUCCACAAUCUCUAAUUCACUGGAUGAAAGUUUUUAUGAUGUAGAAAAUGAACCGAAUGAUAAAGAAAUUACUAAUGAGAUGGAAGCAACUGCUGCUGCCUAUUACGUUUUCAGGAAUGUUGCUGCUUCCCCUAGCUGCCAGGACAUUGAUGAGAAUGAACUCCGUCGUUUCCUGAUUAAGGAAGAAGUUCCUUUGGUAUUUCCCCUACUGGCACAGUCAGAGACAGGGCUCAUUACCAGAAAGUCUUUAGCAGAUUGGGUGUUGAAGGUUUAUCAAGAGCGUAAAGCACUGGCACACGCUUUAAGCGACACUAAAACAGCUGUAAAACAAUUAAACAAGCUUGUUACAGGGGUCCUAGUAGUGGUGACCAUAAUAGUGUGGCUUCUUCUAAUGGAGAUUGCGACAACAAAAGUACUUGUAUUCCUCUCAUCGCAGCUAGUACUCGCGGCUUUCAUGUUUGGAAACACGUGCAAGAAUAUUUUUGAAGCCAUCAUCUUCGUGUUUGUAAUGCAUCCGUUCGAUGUUGGCGAUCGGUGUGUUAUAGAUGGUGUUGAGCUAUUGGUUGAAGAGAUGAAUAUAUUGACAACAGUAUUCUUGAAGCUUAAUAAUGAAAAGUUGUAUUAUCCAAACUCUGUCCUCGCCUCUAAACCGAUUAGCAAUUAUUACAGAAGCCCAAAUAUGGUUGAAAAGGUAGAGUUCUCGGUUGAUUUUACGACACCAGCAGAGAAAAUUGGGGCACUGAAAGAAAAAGUGAAGAGGUAUUUGGAGAAGAAUCCACAAUACUGGCAUCCUAAUUUUGGAUUGGUAGUGAAGGAGAUUGAAAAUGUAAAUAAUAUUAAGAUGGGUCUUUUUGUUACUCACACAAUGAAUUUUCAAGAGUUUGGAGAGAAGACCAAGCGGAGAAGUGAACUAGUAAUGGAAGUAAAGAAAAUAUUUGAAGAUCUCAAUAUAAGAUACAACCUUCUUCCACAAGGUGUUCAUCUCAGACACAUGGAACCUGAUGCAAGUUAUCUCAAAUGAUGAUUCUUUCUCACUGCUAUGCAACUGCAUUUGAACUUCAUACCUUGAAUCUGGCUAUUUUAUGAUUGGCUCAGCAUUACUUCUCAUCUAUGAUGCUUUGACACGGACACCGGACAUGAUAUCAAUACAUGACUCCGGUAAUAAUUUGAAAGAAUUAAAUAAUUGAAUGAGAUAACAUGUUUGGAGUCAUGUUUGUGUCGGACAUCGGACACACCUUCGCUAGGAAGUGUAGGUGCUAUAUAGCUUUUGAUGUUUGUUGUUUGUAGGCUUUGUUCAUCUAUCUUUUUUCCUGUCUUUAAAAUGAAAGGAUUAGAGUAUUUUUUGUUAAAAAUAAAUAAACAAACAUACACACAUGUACAGUGAGUAACUUCCUUAACAUAACAGUAAGUCAACAACUAACAUGUUAAGGUAAAAUAAGCAUAAGAUUAUGCCAAGUGUAAUCUUAUGAUUAUUUUUUUUGACAAUUGACAAUGUGUAAUCUUAUGAGAUGAUAACCCUAUCUCACAAA